AUGGCACUUCUUAGAGCUCAAGAAGACUCCUCUGCAGAUACUUUUGGUUGCCGUUAUCAUGUGUUCUUGAGUUUCAGAGGUGAAGACACUCGCAAAACUUUUACUGACCACAUCUAUACAGCCUUUGUCGACGCAGGGCUUCAAACUUUCCGAGACGACGAUGAACUUGAGAGAGGGGAAGAUAUCAAGCCAGAGCUGGAGAAAGCAAUCCAACACUCACGAAGUUCUGUCAUUGUGUUUUCGAAAGACUACGCGUCUUCCAAAUGGUGCCUUGACGAGCUUGUGAUGAUCCUGCAACGCAAGAGGACCUCUGAUCAUGUAGUUUUACCAGUCUUCUACGACAUCGAUCCAUCUGAGGUGAGGAAGCAGACUGGAAGCUUUGCAAAAGCAUUUGCUGGACACCAAAAAAAUGGAUCUUUGAACAAGGACAAGGUGAAGGGAUGGAGGGCAGCACUUGCAGAAGUUGCAGAUCUUGCUGGCAUGGUCUUACAAAAUGAAUGUGAUGGGCAUGAGGCAAAGUUUAUCAAGAAAAUUGUAAAAGUGAUUGAAGGCAAGCUAAGCCGCACACCAUUGAGUGUUGCCCCUUACCUAAUUGGGAUCGAUUCUCGAGUCAAAGAGAUUAAUUUAUGGUUACAAGAUGGAUCAUCUGAUGUUGGGAUAUUUGUGAUUUAUGGGAUUGGUGGAAUAGGGAAGACAACCAUUGCACAAGUUGUUUAUAAUUCAAAUUUUUCAAGAUUUGAAGGAAGAAGUUUCCUUGAAAAUAUCAGGGAGAUUUCAGAAGGUCCCAAUGGUCUGGUUCAAAUGCAAGUACAACUUCUCUCUGAUAUUUUGGGUGGAAGAACAGUGAAGAUACGUAGUGUUAGUGAGGGAAUAAUUAAGAUUAAGGAUGUUAUAAGCUGUAAAAAAGUUCUUCUUGUUCUUGAUGAUGUGGAUCAUACGAACCAAUUAGAUGCAGUACUUCGAAUGCGAAAAUGGUUUUAUCCAGGAAGUAAAAUUAUUAUAACAACUAGGUGUGUGGCGUUGUUGAAGGCUCAUCAAGAUGUUAAGGUGCAUAAUGUUGAAACCUUAAAUCAUGUUGAAUCAUUGGAGCUCUUUAGUUGCCACGCUUUCGGACAGAACUAUCCAGUUGAAGGUUAUGUGAAACUUUCGGAAAAGGUAGUAAACCACAGCGGAGGACUUCCAUUAGCUCUUAAAAUUUUGGGUUCUUCACUAUCAGGCCAGAGUAUAGAUGUAUGGGAAAGUGCAUUAAAGAAAUUGGAAGUUAUUCCAAACGGUGACAUUGUGAAUAAGCUCAGAAUAAGCUAUGACUCUUUACAAGACGACCAUGACCAACAAUUAUUCCUCCAUAUUGCAUGUUUCUUCAUUGGAAAUGAGAAAGAUGUCACAGUGAAAAUACUAGAUGGAUGUGAUUUCUUUACAAUUGUUGGCAUUCAAAAUCUCAUCGAUCGGUGUUUGUUAACAAUUGAUGAGCAUAAUAAGGUGAAGAUGCAUCAAAUGAUUCGUGACAUGGGAAGAGAAAUUGUUCGCCUAGAAUCAAAAGAGCUGGAGAAACGAAGUAGAUUAUGGCAUCAUAAGGAUUCUCUCAGUGUAUUGAGAGAAAAGAAUGGUUCAAAGAAAGUUGAAGGUCUUGCCCUUAAUCUGCACCCUGUAGACACUCCUUUGAGAAAAUCAAAUAUGGUAGGCUUCGAAACUAAUGCAUUUAGAAGGAUGGUUAAACUAAAACUACUCCUGUUUAGUUUUGUACAGCUCAAUGGAUGUUAUGAAGAAUUUCCUAAAGGACUGAGAUGGUUGUAUUGGCUUAAAUUCCCUUUAGACUCUAUACCCAGUGACUUUCUUUUGGAGAGCUUGGUUGUUCUUGAAAUGCCCUAUAGUAGCUUAAGACAAAUCUGGAAGGGAACAAAGCAUCUUCCAUCGUUAAAGAUCCUUGAUCUCAGCAAUUCCCAUGAGCUCACUGAAACCGGAGACUUCUCAUUGGUCCCCAAUCUAGAGAGAUUGAUUCUUGAAGAUUGUGCAAGCUUGGUUGACGUCCAUGAAUCCAUUGGAAACCUAGAGAAACUUGUUUACUUGAAUAUGAAAAAUUGCAAAAAUAUUAGUAAGCUUCCAAAUAGCAGUUCAAUGCUAAAAUCACUUGAAACACUUAUUAUAUCUGGUUGCUCAAGCCUUAAUGAGUUUCCUGUGGAUAUGGGGAAGAUGGAAUCUCUUAAAGUGUUUCUAGCCGAUGAAGUUCCAAUAAGUCGAUUACACACUACCACUUUACCCUGCACUUUAGUUGUUCUAAGUCUUACAUACUGCAAUCUUUCUGAUGAUUCUUUUCCAAGAGAUUUUGGUAGCUUACCCUCAUUGCAGAGAUUGGAUCUAAGCAGCAAUCCACUUUGUAGGCUACCAGAUUGCGUCAGAGGCCUUACAGGGCUCGAUCACCUUGCAUUUUCCCAAUGUACAAAGCUCAAAUCGCUUGAGGGGCUACCAAGAGUAAAAGAAUUGGUUACACUCUAUUCUGAGUCAUUGGAGAAAAUAACAUUUCAAUCAAUUUCAUGCCUACCAAAGAGUAUCUUGUAUGGGUACAACUCCAAACUUGCUGAGAUUGAGUACUGGUACAAGUUAGAGCCAAUAGAAACAGUGGAUGCAGAAAUGAUAAAACUUUUGGGCUUGUGUGACUUGGAAUCAAUGAAAGCCAUUAGGAUGUGCACCCCAGAUAUGCUUAAUUCGGAUGGCACGAUGCAUCCCAUCGAGGGACUGUAUGAACUUGGUAAAUUCAGCACAUUUCUUCCUGGAAACGAGGUUCCAGGCCAGUUCAGCCAUAGAAGUAAAGGGUCCACAGUAUCUUUUACUGUGCCUUCACUUCCAAAUCUCAAGAUCCGAGGCUUGAACAUCUUCUCUAUUUAUGCAAAUUCCAACACUUAUUAUUUUUCUACUAUACCUCAUCCAGUAAUUACCAAAGUCAGUAACAAGAGCAAGGGUCUGAAAUGGAUCUAUGCCCCAGCAUGCUAUGGCAUUCCAGAUAACGAAAACGACGUGAUAUGGUUAAGUCACUGGAAGUUAGGGAACCGACUGGAAAGCGGGGAUGAAGUGACAGUUUCAGUAUUUAUGCAACCUGGGCUCCAAGUGAAAGAGUGCGGCAUCCAACUUGUGCAUGAGCAAGACUGCGAGAUAAGUAGUGCCCAAAACGACCACGAAGAGCCUUGUUAUCCAUCUGACAUUGGUGGGAAUUUGCCAGAGUUUAUUCCAGGAACAUACUUCAUGUGGGGUGGACCCCUAAAUAGAGAUGAUGGCAGAGCUUAUGUUUUUGGCCAUAAAAGGGAAGAUUGGUUCGAAGAAAUCUUUGGAGACUCUAAUGAAGAAACAGACAAAGAAGAAAGGCAGCCACAGGGUGACGAUGAGCCGCUUGCACUUUCAGCAUCAGCAGAAACAUUAAUAGAAACAGAAAGGGCAAACAACGACUGUGGUAGCAGAGGCUGCAAGAUUAUUGUUAUUAUUGGUGCUUUCUUCUUUCUCUUCCUUUCUCUUGUACUCUCUCGCUCUUUUCUCUCUCACUAA